AUGAUGAUGGGGCUAACUAUGGUUAAGUUUAAUGAUGAAGCUACAAGAGAUCAUGUGUUGGAGAAUGUUCCACUGUGGAUUCAAUUACAUGACCUUGGGCUUCAGUAUUGGGGUAGUAAAUGUCUUAGUGCACUGGUGAGCACUAUUGGCAAACCGCUUAUGGUUGAAAAGUUUACUAGGGAGCGUUCAAGAAUUCAAUUUGCUAGGGCUCUUGUGGAAAUGGAAAUAACUGAUAAUCCUCCUAGAAAUAUUCAGUUUCUUAAUGAGCAUGGCCAGAUUGUGGAACAGGGAGUGGAAUAUGAAUGGUUGCCUAUUAAGUGCAAGGUAUGCUCUUGGUUUGGUCAUUCUAUGGUGGACUGUCGUAAGGAACUAAAAAAUCAGUGGGUGAAAAAGGAUGAUGUGGCUAAAACAGAGGCAAUCGAAAGGAGGAAUAAGGAUUCAGAUGAGCAUAAUGAUGAGAUACCCAAGGUUUUGCCUAGUGCUAAUGCUGCAGAGGGUGUUCCGGUUCAGAAUCCUAAGGGAUUACAGCUUCCAGUUGCGGCUAAAGUUGAUCAAUUGAAGGAAACAAAUGAAGGUGAGCAAUGGCAAACACCUAAGCGUGUGGCUACUCAAUCUAGGCAGGGACCAACUACUAGUAUUAGUGUUUCUCCUCCUGGUCAAGUGCAAAAGCAGCUGAAUAAGUUUGUGGUGCUUCAAGAGCAGAUGAAGGGUGGCAAAGAAGGUAACAUUGGCUCUAAUUCUUCCAAUGGAUAA